GCGGGGGAGGCGGAGAUGGACCCGGACUUCGCGGCCGGGGACGGGGGGCCCAGCUUCGAAUUCGCGUUUAAUUCGGUCAACUUCUCCGACAGGGUGCUGCGGAUAGAGGUCGUCGCCAGCGACGACGCGCCCGGCUCCAGCGACGACGUUGGCGGGGGAUCCCUCGCCGAUUGGGCGCGCCACCGCAAGCGCCGUCGGGAGGAGCUCCUCAAGGAGAAAGAAUUUGCAACACACAUGUCAGACCAGACAAAUUGCAAUGAAGUCGAAGCAGAAGAAUGUGAUGCAUAUGAAGAAAACCAAGAGGAACCUGUAGCAAUGAUAGAAGAAGAAGAAUCUCCACCUAGCGUUGGUCAAGAUGGUGAUGAAGGACAAAGUAUUGACUCUUCUUGGACCGUCGUGAGCACACCAGUUUUACGAGUAAAUACUAUUUAUAUCAGUUCAGCUAUUCUUGCUGCAAAAAGUCAGUUCUUUUUCAAGCUUUUCUCAAAUGGCAUGAAAGAAUCAGAUCAGAGGCACGCAACACUUAGGAUUACUGAUUCAGAGGAAAGUGCCCUCAUGGAGCUUUUAAGCUUUAUGUACAGUGGGAAGCUGACAACAACUGAGCCCACUCUUCUGCUUGAUAUAUUGAUGGCCGCUGACAAAUUUGAGGUUGUUUCUUGCAUGAGGCACUGCAGCCAGUUGCUAACAAGCUUGCCUAUGACCCCAGAAUCUGCGCUACUCUAUCUAGAUCUCCCAUGUUCCAUUUCAAUGGCAACUGCAGUUCAGCCUCUGACAGAUGCAGCCAAGGAAUUUCUUGCCAAUAAAUACAAGGAUUUGACUAAGUCCCAAGAUGAAGUGAUGAAUAUCCCUCUUGCCGGGGUUGAAGCCAUCUUGUCAAGUAAUGACCUGCAGGUGGCAUCUGAAGAUGCCAUCUACGACUUCCUGCUCAGGUGGGCCCGUGCACAAUAUCCCAAAUCAGAGGAAAGACGGGAGAUCUUGAGUUCUCGCUUGCUUCCUCUAGUGCGUUUCAGUCAUAUGACAUGCAGAAAACUGCGGAAGGUCCUGACAUGCACUGAUAUAGACCAUGAGCAAGCAACAAAAUGCGUCACGGAGGCGCUUCUGUACAAAGCUGACGCCCCUCACCGGCAGCGUGCCCUUGCAGCAGAUACGAUGACGUCUCAGAAAUUUGCGGAGCGAGCUUACAAGUACAGACCUCUGAAAGUGGUCGAGUUUGAUCGACCCUACCCACAGUGUAUAGCAUACCUGGAUCUAAAGCGCGACGAGUGCUCUCGGCUCUUCCCGUCAGGACGGAUAUACUCGCAGGCGUUCCAUCUCGCAGGACAGGGCUUUUUCCUCUCAGCCCACUGCAACAUGGAGCAACAGAGUACGUUCUACUGCUUUGGGCUCUUCUUGGGAAUGCAAGAGAAGGGUUCGAUGAGCGUGACAGUAGAUUACGAGUUUGCUGCGAGGACAAGACCGUCGGGGGAGUUUGUGAGCAAGUACAAGGGAAACUACACCUUCACGGGCGGCAAGGCAGUUGGAUACAGGAACCUCUUUGCGAUCCCGUGGUCGACCUUCAUGGCUGAUGACAGCCUCUUCUUCAUCGAUGGCAUGUUGCAUCUGAGAGCUGAGUUGACGAUAAAGCAGCCCUCGGCAUGAUGCAGUAGCCGCCUGAUGUGCCUCUGCUCAGUUCCAGUUUUCGUGGUGGGUAUUAGUGCGGAAAAUGUUAUGUGCUGCAGAUAUCCUCUUGUUUCCUCCAUGCGCUUAAUACUUUUGUUGAUAGACAGUUUGGUAAUGACAAGUUAAAAAGGCUGUAAGCCCUGUUGCCUUCAAUUCGAAGGCUAUA